CAUACGCAUAGGUUACUACUACUAGGCCACGACCAUCAUCUGAUUGCCGCCGCCCAUCCAGCUCACACUGACCGCUUACGUCUCACUCUCUCCUCCCUCUCCUAGCUAAUUGUCUAGCUACGGGUAGCUAGCUGGUGAUCACCACGCGCGCUCGCCGCUCGUUUUAAGCCGGCCGGGUCGGACACGGCAUGCGCUGCUCCGCCCGCACGGCAAACCAUGGCUCCAGCUUCCGCAUCGCUCCUCCCCGCCGCCGCCGCCAAGCGCCCCUUCGCCACCGACUCUGCCUUCGACCCUUCUGAAGAAGGGCAACAACUCGCGCAGGAGAGCGCGGUGACCAAGAAGAACGGCGAGAGCCAGCAGCAGAAGCUGGAGUGCCCGCGGUGCAGCUCCAGCGACACCAAGUUCUGCUACUACAACAACUACAGCAUGGCACAGCCGCGCCACUACUGCCGCACAUGCCGCCGCUACUGGACGCACGGUGGCACGCUGCGCAAGGUCCCCGUCGGUGGCGCGUGCCGCCGCAGCUCCGGCAACAGCAACAAGCGCCGCAGGCCCUCCGCCGAGCCCCACACGCCCUCCUCCGACUCGCCGCAGCCGGACCAGCUGGAUACGCUCCCACCGUUCCCGGUCUUCCCGUUCCUCACCGACGGCGGCCCCGUCUUUCUUCCGCAGUUCGACCUCGGGCUCGGCGGAUUCCCGUGGACGGCACCGCCGGCCACGGACCACCUCUACGACGGGCUCGCGGCGCCGUCGGGUGGCUGUGAUGGGGCGCUCACCCCCGCCGGCGCGUGGGACGACUUGGGCGGCCUCGACUUCACCUGGCCACCGCCUGCCGGCAACUGACCAGCGUCAUCAUGUCAGUCAGCAUGUCGCCGGCGCGUUCGAGGCUCCUGUUUUAUCAUCGCAGCCUCAUGUGAUGUGACCAACUAGACAUCUUUCUCCACACUUGAUGUCUGAUAACAUAGCUCGAUCCAUUUGAAGUUAAAUUUUUCAUGUAAUUUGGAUGUGGCUAGCAAGCGCAUGUUGUUAAGUACUUUGUUGUGCUAGAUAAACCUCAUGGGAAUAGGAACUCAUGCAACUUGAGUAGAGCAAUGUUGUAAUAAAUGGCCAUUUCUUUUGAAA